AUGGCUUGCACUCAAAAAGCUCUUCUCCUGGACAAGAAAUUUGGCACCUUCGAUGUUGGCGAAAUCGAUGUCUACAAGCCUGGUCCUGGAAAGCUCCUGAUCAAGGUGCAAUCCGCCGGCCUGAACCCCGUCGACUGGAAAAUCCAGCAGUACGGAAUAUUCAUGCAGGAAUACCCAGCGGUGGUGGGGACUGACAUCGCAGGAGACGUCGAGAGGUCGGCGAGGGAGUUACCGACUUCAAGAAAGGCGAUAGGGUUUCGCCAGAGUCACUUUGUGAACAAGUUCGGUGCCUUCCAGCAAUGCGCUAUUGGCCUAGCGUCGACCGCAUCAAAGAUCCCAGCUAACGUCUCCUACGACGGGGCAGCUACAAUCCCAGUGGCGCUUAAUGCAGCGUAUGUUGGCUUCUACAACGCUCCUCCGCAUGGAAUGGGCUUUGCUCCUCCUAUAACGCCAGAGGCGCGAGGUAAAUAUGCCGGAAUGCCCAUCGUCAUCCUCGGAGGCGCCAGCUCCGUCGGUCAAAUAACGAUCCAACUCGCCAAGCUCUCUGGCUUCUCCCCCGUCAUCACCAUUGCCUCGCUCGAGCACACCGACUUCCUCAAAUCCCUCGGGGCAACACACGUUGUUGACCGGAAUCUCUCCACCUCCGAGACCGUCUUCGACUCGAUCUCGUUGAAGGAGACGCAAGAGAUGGCAUUUGAACUCCUCGCACCGGGGGGGGUUCUCUUGGCUGUUGUACUGCCCCCGCUGGUUCCUGUGGAUAGUGCCGAUGGGAAGCUGGGCGACUAUGGAGGUGCCGCACAACAGGCCGCUGGGGAGAGGUGCUUUGGCAUGAUAAUUUGGAAAUUUUCGUCGAGACUGGUGCCAUCAAGCCGAAUAGGAUUGAAAUUCUGCCUAAUGGGCUCGCUGGAAUUCCGGAUGGACUGGUUUGCCUGGCAGGUGUCGAGGCUAAAACUCGUUGCCCGUCCACAAGAAACGGCUUGA